CCGAGCUGAAGCAGAGCGGCCGCCAUGAGCAUGCUCAGACUUCAGAAGAGGCUCGCCUCCAGCGUGCUGCGCUGUGGCAAGAAAAAAGUAUGGCUGGAUCCAAAUGAAACCAAUGAGAUUGCCAAUGCCAACUCUCGUCAGCAGAUCAGGAAACUGGUUAAGGAUGGCUUGAUCAUCCGCAAGCCUGUGACUGUCCACUCCCGUGCCCGGUGCAGGAAGAACACCCUUGCCCGUAGGAAGGGAAGACAUAUGGGCAUUGGUAAGAGAAAGGGUACUGCCAAUGCACGUAUGCCAGAGAAGCUUGCUUGGAUGAGGAGAAUGAGGAUCUUGCGCCGCUUGCUUCGCCGUUACCGUGAAUCUAAGAAGAUUGACAGGCACAUGUACCACAGCCUGUAUCUGAAAGUAAAGGGAAACGUGUUCAAGAAUAAGCGUAUCCUGAUGGAGCACAUCCACAAACUAAAGGCUGACAAAGCUCGCAAGAAGCUUUUGGCUGAUCAGGCUGAGGCUCGCAGGUCUAAGACAAAGGAGGCAAGGAAGCGCCGCGAGGAGAGACUGCAAGCCAAAAAGGAAGAAAUCAUUAAAACACUUUCUAAGGAAGAGGAGUCUGGAAAGAAAUAAAUCCCACGGCCCUGCCAUUUGUGUAUAUAGAGUGCUGCUUUGUGCAAACUCAAUAAAAACUCACCAACACCG